CGGUCGGGCUCAGUGUUCGCCGCCCAACAGCCGAAGUCGAGGUCGCUGAAGGCUCCAGCUUCAAGGUCGAGCGCCAGCGGUCAUCAGAGGUCGAGUCUGUUGCGAGAGCUGCAGAGAGUUUACUGCGUUGGAUCGCUGCUACUUUACGUCAAUACCGAGGGCACCGUACAGACCUAUUGGGUUGCACCAGAGGUACAAGAGUUGGACUGUGCGCCGUGCUCAGUGGGAAGCGUCAAGAUGACGUGCUCAAUGAUGGUUUUAUGCCUCGGCGUGUGGAUGAGCAUACAGUUCGGUUCGCAGCUGAAUACAGCCGCUGCCAUCAAGAUCCCUGUGUCGCUGCAAGCAUACCUGGGCUCUAUUGCCGGUUGGCCCGGGUCAUCACAGCCCGGACCGGAUCCGACUGAUGCCAUCGACUUCGCUACUGACCACACCCGAAGACUUGGCCGCCUGGAACACAACCUCGUAGCCUCUGACGUCCAGAUCAAACCCAACACCCCACUGCAGGGGCAGCUGAUCGAAUCCGGACAGGCUGGUCCCAACGAAGACUGGCUCGACGUCUGGGAAAGGUCCAAGGAUGCUGCACUUGCCAACACCGCAGCCCAGUACCUUGCACGCGGAACCUGCAGCAGAGCAAACCCGAAGCGCGACGCUUGCCUGCGUUUCAUCGCGUCAGCCACACUGCCGUCGACGGACCUGGGUAAGCGCUGUCAGGAGCGCAGGGGCGAGACGACCCUCCUCUGUCCCCCAGAUGCAAAGUACCGCUCGGCUGACGGAUCCUGCAACCACGCCGCCAGCGCGGAUGCUCUGCAGCGUACGUGGGGGCGCGUGCACACGGCCUACCGCCGACUCCUGCCUGCCGACUAUUUAGACGGUAUUGCAUCUGUCAGCACCAUCCUGCCGCACCCUCGAUACAUCAGCUACAACCUCGCAGGAAAUGCCACCCUCCCAGAACCUGCACGCACGCUCUCUCUGGCCUUCUGGUCCCAGUUUGUGGCCCACGAUAUGACCCAGACACCUUUUAGCCGGAUGUUGAACUACGGCAACAAUGUGGCCUGCUGCCGUUCUGACGGAGGUUCCCUCAGCCCACGGCACCACCACCCGUCCUGCAUGGCCAUGGACCUCACCGACCGGCUGCCUAACGGUGAACCCAACCAACAGUACUGGAGAGGAGAAGUCCGCUGCAUCCACUAUGCUCGCUCUGCGCCCGCCAUGCGCCCGGACUGCCGGCUCGGCCCCCUCGAACAGAUGAAUGCGGCCACGCAUUACCUCGACGGAUCGGCAGUGUACGGUUCUACAGCGGCCCGCACCAGAGCGCUCCGCGAGGGCACCGGAGGUCGCCUGAAGGUCCAGGUUAAGGGGGGCAACGAGAAGGGUUUCCUACCAGCUUCCAGCUCUCCCACCGAGGCGUGCCAAGUGGAGUCCGACAGUGAAGUCUGUUACCAUGCAGGAGACUCGCGCGUAAACCAGCACCCACACUUGGCGGCGCUGCACACGGUGUGGCUGCGCCAGCACAACCGCCUGGCCGCUCAGCUCGCUGCGCUCAACCCGCAGUGGGGCGACGAGCGCCUCUUCCAGGAGGCGCGCCGCGUCGUCGUCGCGCAGAUCCAGCACGUCACCUACAAGGAGUGGCUGCCGCUGCUGCUGGGCAAGACGUACAUCAAGAAGAUGAACCUCGAAGUGAGGAACAGCGGGUUCAGCAAGCAGUUCGACACAAACGUAGACCCCUCCGUCACCAACAGCUUUGCGACGGCAGCCAUGCGCUUCGUGCACUCGCUCGUGGACGGGGAACUGAGACUGAUAGCUGAGAACCGUUCGGUCGCCGCGCGCCACGAGCUGCACAAGCACUUCAACCGGCCACAUCUGGUCGAGUCGGAGGACGGCCUCGACAACCUGCUGAGGGGGAUGGCCACGCAGGAGGCCCACCGCAGGGAUCUGCACUUCUCUCACUCGGUUUUGAAAAACCUCUUCCGCAAUGACGGCAGCUACGGCUUGGACGUCCUGAGUCUGGAUAUCCAGCGUGGACGUGACCACGGGCUUCCCGGUUACAACGCAUUCAGAGAGCGGUGUGGUCUCCCGAAAGUCACAGACUUCUCUGGAUUUGCUGACUACAUGCCACAAGAGGUCGUGUCAAAGCUGAGGGAGCUCUACAGCUCUCCGGACGAAGUGGAUUUGGUAGUUGGAGGCUUGGCCGAGCACCAGGCGUCUGACGACUCCCUGCUGGGCCCCACGUUCCGCUGCAUUGUCGCCGAGCAGAUGGGACGUACCAGGAGGGGAGACGCCUUUUUCUACGAUCUCUCAGGAAGGCAGUCAUCGUUCACUGCUGACCAGCUGUGUGAGAUUCGCAAAACCUCACUUGCCAGAAUCCUCUGUGAUAACAGUGAUGGAGUGCAGCAGAUACAGGCCGAUGUCUUCCACAAGCCAUCAGAAAGCAAUCCGCUGAAGCAGUGCACUGACACUGAGGCAAUCCCACAACUGGAUCUGUCCGCAUGGAAAGAAGAUGAGAAUACCGUGUGAACUGCGACAUGUUCGCAAAACGACUGAAUUUUGACAAUGCACACAGAGACAUUUAUUUAUUGUGCAGCUCCUUUAAAAAAGACUCUUAAUGACAUAAAAGACUGCAUCAAGAAACUCAUCUGAUGAAAAAUAUUUUUGUACACUGAUUAAUUUGUGCCAUUACCAUAGCUGUAUUCAUUUUCUGAGCCAGAUAGGCGAAGAAAAGUAGAUCUUGAAUGUGUGUUACUCGUAGAGUGGCACAGUGUGUCAAAAUAGUGCGCAAGGACAUUGCGUGUGUUGCACAUUUUCUUUGCAUAUUUAAUUUUGUUUGUGUGAGGACUAUGUGUGUGUAUAGGAUGGCUCAUUGAUUCCAAGAAAAUUGUGUUUUUGAGUGGAGACCUGAGGAGAAUAGCAAUAUUGAUCUCAGUGCAAUAAUAUAUAUUAGCUGUUAAUUACAUUUAUUUGCAACCAUCACUUGUCAUAACAGUUUGAAAAGUGUGGGCCAUGUUGCUCUCCAAGUAAAAUGUCAGAGCCAAGAGGUCUUUUCCAAGAAAUUUAUGCCCAUAUGGACCGCUGUCAUUUGGUGCUUAAAAAUACUCCUAAACUAGAAUUUUGUAUUGGUGGUGCAGAUUACUCUUAAACAUUCGGCUUGUUUUGGCACAAGAGUAAAUUUCUAAAACUGUUUAGUAAUGAACACUUCAUACAUUGUCUGUUUUUUUUGGAAUAUGUUGAUGUUUCAUGACUAGUUAUUGUAACAGGAAAAGCUGUUUUUUACGUAGUGUUUGAUUUUACAAGGAAAAUUUAAAAAUUAUUUUUAAUUUCUUAAAAGUCGAAACAAACUCAUUGUUUUCCUUGCACAACAAUAAAAUUUCAUUUUAGAAAUAAGUUUUCCACCAUUUUUAGCAGUCUCAUAUCUCAUAUAAUCAUGAGCCAGCUACAUUCCAUCACAGUGUCUUUUGUAUCCAAAGAAAAUAAACUUCAUGUCAUGUA